ACCCGUCCGUUGUAUUGUUGUGUAUUCCACGCGUUUGUCUCACCGUUAAGAUUUUAGCAUAUUGAUCUAGAUAAGUUAGGGUACAUAACAAGUCAAUUUCAUUAUCUAAAACAGUAUUUCAAGUUUUCCAGCGGCGUCAGAGCUAUGUGGGUGAUAUGGUAUUCAAGAUCAGCUGGUAUAUAGCAGGUGGAGGGCAUCCCUAUAGCUCAUUUAUAUGUCAGAUAUAAGACCGACGGGUUAAAUAAUCCAGUGACAUAUUUGAAUUUUAAGUAAUCAUGAACGUGUUAGGUGUAGUUUUUGUUUUGGUGUCCGUAGGGCAUGCGUCUUCCGGAUACAAAUUUGGCAUAGGUAAAGACGAGUUGGACACGUCGUCCAUAAUCCUGUCCGAGCGAGUGCCGGUGGAGCCCUCGGGCCCGGGGCUGGCUGACGAGUACCCGCGGCCGCAGGGCUCCGACCGCAUCGUGGGCGGCCAGGAGACCACCAUCGAGGAGCACCCCUACCAGGUUUCGUUCAUCGUGAACAACUCGUACUUCUGCGGCGGGUUCAUCGUCAGCGAGGACUACAUACUCACGGCCGGCCACUGCGCGCAGAA